AGGAGCUGCGGCAACGUGGCUUGCACGAAUGGCUGGCGUCACUGUCUUUUGAUAACCCUGAUUGUCCUGACCUGCAGCUGACCAUGGGUGCAGUAAUUGUGGAAGAAAUGAGGGUGGCUGUAGAAGCAGCCACCGGUUUCAGGUGUUCAGCUGGAAUUUCGCACAACAAGACUCUGGCAAAACUGGCCUGUGGGUUAAACAAGCCCAACCGCCAGACGCUAGUAUCUUCGCGAUUUGUCCCACAGCUCUUCAGCCAACUGCCCGUCAGCAAUAUCCGUAACCUGGGAGGCAAGCUUGGCACUGCCAUCACAGACAUCCUGGGAGUAGAGUACAUUGGGCAGCUGACACAGUUCAGUGAGACAGAGCUCCAGUCUCACUUUGGAGACAAAACUGGGUCCUGGCUCUAUGACUUAUGCAGAGGAAUUGAAGAUGAACCUGUCAAAAACCGGUACCUGCCCCAGUCCAUUGGCUGCAGCAAGAACUUCCCUGGGAGGACAGCCCUGGCCACACAGAAGGAGGUGCAGCACUGGCUCCUGCAGCUGGCCUUGGAGCUGGAAUCCAGACUGAUCAAGGACAGGAGCCAGAACCACCGAGUGGCCAAGCAGCUGAUGGUGGUCAUCCGCAUGCAGGGAGACACCCGGGUGUCGCGCUUUUGCGCUCUGUCCCGCUAUGAUGCCCAGAAGAUGUGCAACGAUGCCUUUGCCCUCAUCCAAAACUGCAACAUGGCUGGGGCUCACCAGGCGGCCUGGUCUCCACCGCUCAUAUCGGUGCUUCUCUCGGCAAGCAAGUUCUCAGAGCCUGCCACACUCCUCUCUGCAGGCAUUGCCACCUUCCUGACGAAUGAUACCCAGCCUGAUGGCACUGCCACCGCCAGCCAAAACACCAUGUCUUCUAGGAGGCCCAGGGUCAAGUUCUUUAGGAGCCCAAGCAAAGAGCUUAGGCAGAAGCCAGCUAAUGCUAUUGAGUCAUUCUUCCAAAAGGCGGCAGAAAGGCAGGAGUCACAGGCAGCAGCAGCAACCAGCCUGCCUGCUGCUACCGCUGCAGAGUCACCUGUGCCCAGCUCCCCGGAGCACCAAGAGAGAGAUGGUGUUGGACUUGCCUCUGUGCAGUGUGACUUGGAGUCCCCUGUGAAGCGGAGUCCCAAAGAUGGGAGCCCUACUUCUCCUUACAAGAGGCUUCCCUGUGAGAAGUCGCUGUUUGAUGCUACACAAACACCCUCGACUCCACCGAGCUCCAGGACCCUUCUGAAAUUAGAGCCAGCUAUAGAGGGGAAUGAGCAGAAUUUGCCACCCUCUCCUGAGCUCACCCCGCUCCCUCCUGCCUCGCCGGGGGACCAGCAGCGCUGUGAGAAGUGUGGCCAGCUCGUGCUGGUGUGGGAGUUCCCAGAGCACAUGGACUACCACUUUGCUCUGGAGCUGCAAAGUUCCUUCAUGGAGCCCAGCACUCCCAUGGCUCCAGCAGCAGCUCCCAGCCCAAAGGCUGCAGCUUCCAGGUCUCCUGCCAAGGCAAAGAACAAGCCCAAGACUCCAGCAGGAUCUAGUGCAAAACGACCCAGAGAAGGUGUGACAAAAACUUUAGAUUUUUUCUUUAAGCGCUUACCUCCUUAACUCCCAGCCAUGCUGGGAGUUUUGAGAUAAUCAGUAUUUUUAAAGAAUCAGUGUUUUUAAAUACAGUUAGAAGUUUUUA